AUGUUAGACCCUCUAGCGAGGUAUGCUCAAUCCUGCGGCCUGUUGAUGGAGACGCAGUCCCAUAUUCUCCUUGCGCAGGAGGACGAGUGCUCUUCGUCGCUACCAUCGGGCGAGGUCAAAGGAGCUAUGACUACUCAAUAUAAAAAAUUUACAAGACUUAUAGCUAAGUGGCCUCUAGACACUACAAAAGGUGAAAGAGAUCUUGGAAAGUUUAUUCGUGACAAACGCAAGCUGUCAACAGAAGUCGCACAAUAUAAAGACCAUACUCCUGUUAUGUUAAAAGAAGUAACCAAACAUUUGAAACCUGCAGAUAAUGAGGUGUACAUUGAUAUGACAUUUGGUGCAGGUGGCCACUCGAGGCAACUACUUACCUCUGCCAACUGCAAAUUAAUAACAUUAGAUAGAGACCCCACAGCUUAUGAGAAGGCUAAAGAACUGGCCGCAGAAUUCCCAAAUAGAGUGCUACCUUUACUUGGAAAAUUCAAAGACACGAUUGUGAAGCGUCAUAUUGCUGGAAAUACUAUCAAUGAUGUAGCAAAUCCUGUGCCUUUGAGGUACCUCAACCCAGCUUUGGUUCAAGAUCAAGAAACUAUCAAUCAAAUGCUCGACAGUCCGUGGAAAGCGAUAAACAAACGUGUGGAGGUGCCUUCAGAUGAUGAAGUGGAACAAAAUCCAAGAAGUAGAAGUGCAAGGCUACGUGCCGCCAUCAAAAUAAAA